AAGUCCGUGUACGUCAUCAUCCGGCGCUGAAAGACUACCUACUCCGGGACUCCGUGGCCGUGUCAGCCUGUGCCUCUUGCGUACGCAUGCGCUUUGGCAGGGGGCUGGAAAUUACGGAAGAGUCAGCAACUUAGAGUCUGAGUGGUGGUGGGGUGGGCGGCAGUCGAGUAGAAUUUGCGGGGUGGGGGUGUCUUCCUCUUAGUUCCCCCCUCCCCGGCGCAGCGACCGGACGAGAAGAGGCGGGGUGGGCAGUCACCGCUGGCGAAAGGCGAAAGUGGUUUGAAACGUUGCGGGGGUUCUAGAACGGUGGGACCCGAACGGAGCCACGCCCCCCUUUCCCUCCCUUCUCCGCCUGCAAGUUUUUAGUCCGCCUUUUCUACCGCCUGGCUCGUUCCUGCCUUGAAAGGGCAGUGAUGGUGAACCUUUUUGGCACCGAGUACCCAAACCGGAACAUGCGUGCACAUGGGUGUCCAUCUGCGCACACCAGAGCACCAGAAACCUGAAGAUCAGCUGGCUGUCACAUGCAUGCCUGUUUUUUGGCCAUUUUUCGGGCCCCUUUCAGGCUGUUUUCCAGGUCAAUUUUAGGCUGGUUUUGGCCCAGAAAACGGCCCAGAAACAACCUGUGUUUUUUGGCUGUUUCAUCACCCGCAAAGACCAGCUGGCCAGUGUGCGUAUAUAUGCCAGAAACCAGGAGAGCAGCUGGCAAUGGUGCACAUGCCCACAGAGAGGGCUUUGCGUGCCACGCCUGCCACGCCUGCCACAGUUAUGCCUGCUGAAUGGUUUUCUUGUCCCUAAAUCUUCUCUAGCCAUUUGAGAUUUACUACAUUGGAUCAAAAGCAAGAUGUUACCUACUACAUCAAUUAAUCCUCGAGAUCAGGGCAAUGGAUCUUUAAAUACUCGACCAUCAGCAAGACACACGGCUGGGGCAAAGCGCUAUAAAUAUUUGAGGAGACUCCUUCAUUUUCGUCAUAUGGACUUUGAGUUUGCUGUCUGGCAGAUGUUGUAUCUGUUCACUUCACCACAGAAGGUGUACAGAAAUUUUCAGUAUAGGAAACAAACAAAAGACCAGUGGGCUAGAGAUGACCCUGCUUUCCUUGUGUUGCUGAGUAUCUGGCUGUGUGUAUCCACUAUAGGAUUUGGCUUUGUGUUAGGCUUGGGAUUUCUUGAAAUGAUAAAGCUGCUGCUGUGGGUCGUGUUUAUAGACUGUGUAGGAGUUGGCCUUCUGAUUGCAACUUUAAUGUGGUUUAUCUCCAAUAAAUUUUUGCUAAAGCAUCCGAACAGGGACUAUGAUGUAGAAUGGGGAUAUGCCUUUGAUGUUCAUUUGAAUGCUUUCUACCCGCUUCUUGUUAUCCUGCAUUUUAUCCAGUUGUUUUUCAUUCAUUAUGUAAUUUUAUCAGCAUCGUCUAUUGGCUAUUUUGUUGGAAAUACUUUCUGGCUGGUUGCAAUUGGUUAUUACAUCUAUGUGACAUUUCUGGGAUACAGUGCACUGCCAUUCCUGAAGAACACGGUGAUCCUUCUGUAUCCAUUUGCGCUUCUCAUCUUGCUGUACGUGGUCUCUUUAGCCAUUGGGUGGAACUUUACUAAAGCACUUUGCGUUUUCUACACAUACAGAGUGAAAUAAACUGGUCUCUAAUAAAUAACACCUUGUACAAAGGUCAAACCUGGUGAAAUGAAGAUACUCUUGUACAUUCCUGUAAAUAACUUACUCCUCACUGUAGAUCAGUGUAUACAAAAUGUUUGGUUUUUUAAAAAACAAAAGCACUGACAGCCUUCUGAAAAUAAGCCUUCUAUAUCCCUCCUUUGUGGACGAAUUGUAUAUCUCUGUAAUAAAGAUUCUUUUUAAAAUUAAA